UUGACAGUUCGCCAUUUUAUGGGAAAACGGGUUUGUUAUAGCACACUGUAAACAAAACAUUACCGCAUGCAGCGGGGUUUCGUGUUCGCUGCGCAAAAAAGUGCCGUAAAAUGCGAAGUAUACUGAGAAGCAUUGUGAAAAUAAGAAUUCCUGCACGUUCAGGACCUUCCCUGCCACUUCAGCUGUGUACAAAGGUGGCCACAGUGCCUACAACUCCACAGCACAAUGCGUUGCAGCGGUACGAGGAUGAUCUGCAGAACGAGUUUCAUCAAAUCCUGCGCGAAGAGCGACAAUCCGUGCUCGACCCGGUGGCGGAUCCGAUGUCGCUGGAGGUUUUCCCCAACACCAGACCCGCCUUUAACUUUGCAGCCUACGUCAACAAAUCGCCCACCCUGCAGCAACUCGUCUCGCUCGGGGUGGAGCUGCACAAGCUCGAGAAGCGCAAAGGCAUCGCACAGUUUGUGCUCGGACUGGACUUUGAUCGAGACAUGCGGAAUCACAUCCGCUUCCUGGCGGACGUUGGCGUGCCGGCCGAAAGCUUGGGCGAGUUUCUGACCAAAAAUCCACUCAUCUUCAAGGAGGAUCUGGGGGAUCUCGAGACGCGAGUGAAUUAUCUGCAGUCGAAGCGAUUUUUGCCCGAGGAAAUCGCACGCAUCGUGACGAAGAAUCCGUUCUGGUUGAUGCUGAACACCAAGCGGAUCGAUCGGCGGUUAGGAUACUUUCAGAAAACGUUCGCACUGGAGGGCAGUGAGGUGCGCGCGCUGUCCACCAAGCAGCCAAGGCUCAUUACCUACAAUCUGGAGCACGUGCGUAAGAACACCUUCACCGUGCAGGAGGAGAUGGGCUUCGAGAAGGAGGAAGUAAAGCAACUGUUGCUGAGCAAACCACGCAUCUGGAUGAUAAAGACGGAAGCGCUGCAGUACCGAUUCGAGUAUCUUCACCGCCGAAUGAAGCUUUCGCACGCGGAGCUGCUUCAAACGCCCGAUCUGCUGCUAACGCGAGACGUUCGGAUCAAGCAAAGGCACGGGUUUCUUAAAUUUCUCGGCAAAGUGCAGUACGAUCCCAAGAAGGAGCUCUAUAUUCCGCUAAAAUCACUGGCCGAAGGUACGGACGAGGAGUUUGUAGCUGAAGUCGCUAAAUCGAACAUGGAAUGUUACAAUCGCUUCCUGAAAACCCUCUAACUGGGGGCUGGUGGACGCGAAGCGUCUUUGCUACAUGCUACUAGUGGACGUCGUUGUUACGAAUAAAAGAGAGGAGUGCUGUGGUAGUAGGUGAACAAAAAAAGCAUUUUCCGCAAAA